AUGCACUCCAAGGUCGCAGCCGCCCUCUUCCUCUCCAGCCUAGCCAUGGCCGCUCCCGCCUUCACCGAGGAGUCCGCGGGCGUGGGCAUGCCCGUCAUGACCGAGCCGCCGCCCGCCAUAAUGUCGGCCGCGGAGGCCGUUGCCAGCGCGAUUCCGCAGUCGGUCAAGGAGGAGCUCAGCAGCGCCUACAUGCAUAGCAACAUUGCAGAGAUCGAGAGCAUCGACAAGUACGUCAUGAGCGAGUUCAUGCACAACACCGCUUGGCAGGACCGUCUGCCCGCUAGCGACUUGGCUAUCCUCACCUCUGAGAUCGCCAUGGCAUCCGCCGCGCCUAGCAUGCUCAUCCCCGGGAACUCUGCCGCCUCUCCCACUGCUGGCUCUUCUACCCCUCUUGCCACGGCGACUGGCAACGGUGGCUCUGGAUCGGGCUCCGGCUCUGACUCGACUUCGACUUCGACCUCGGCCUCGACCACGGCUUCGGGCACCAAGCCCACAACGACUAACGGCGCUACUGCUCCCACGGCCCACGUCGCCGCCAGCUUCGCCGGUGCGGCCGGUCUGCUGGGUUUCAUGCUUGCGCUGUGA